AUGCUUCGCGGCACGUUUACGACACUCACACCAUUUACCAAAAAUCCAUCCCUCCUGACUUAUUUCUUUAAAUCAGACACUGGUGUAUUCAAGAGAGGAUAUGUAUCAAGCAAAAAGACGAGGAUAAAAAAAGAUCCACAAGGACUGCCUUUUGAGGAGGCGGUUGCCGUGUUAAAAUCUAUAGAGGUCGGCAGACAUGAUAACACAUUUGAACUUCACAUCAGGACAAGGCGCGAUAAAUCUCAAUUGCCAAUACGCGGUUCGGUGUCUUUGCCAAAGAGUUUUGCCAAGGAAGUAGCUGUUCUGGUGUUCACUACUGGAGAUAAAGUCGAAGAGGCCAAGGCUGCUGGAGCUCAUACUGUUGGGGGAAUGGAAUUUAUUGAAGAGAUUAAGAAGGGAUCGGUCAACUUGGAUCAAUUUAACAAAGCCUUAGCGACACCCGAUCUUCUUCCUGCACUAUUGCCUAUAGCCAGAAUUCUAGGUCCGAAACAACUCAUGCCGACAGUAAAGAAAGGAACAGUGACGGAUGAUAUUGGAGCAGCUGUCAUCGAAGCGCUUGGAAAAUUUGAAUUCAAAGCUGAUAAGCAUGGAGUCGUUCAUGCUCCUAUUGGAAAAAUGACAUUCACCGCACCAGAGCUACAAGAGAAUGUUACAACAGUCGUACGGGCAAUCGAAGCGAUUGGAAAAGACACGAGUAAAAAACCAAAAUCGGUUAUCGAGAGGAUUGUGUUGAAUUCGACGCAAGGUCCCGGGAUAUGUUUGAUUGAUAUAAUGAGUAUUAUCGAAGCUCAGGAUAUGGCUGCAAAAGAGCUUGGGAU